CUUCAUCGCAAUCUGGCUUCGUAUCUCUAGCUUAUCUGUCAGUUGGACAGAUCUGCAUCAAUUCAUCUCGAUCAUCUCGGUCCAAAUUGCGAUUCCUCAUGCGUGUUUCAACUUGUGGCUGUCAAGUUUUCAGGAGAUCGAUCAAGCUACGCGUCUGACAGCUAUCAAGCCGUCAACCACGUCCGGUACCAACCCGAUGUAGCGUCCAUGGAAAAUUGUCUGUUCAAGCAGGCCUGGAUCUCUUACAGCCCCCUGGGUUCGCGCCAGGGGGAAAUGGGUCGACAACCCCCUCGGAUCACAUUGUCGUGCAACGCCCAGUCUCGGUGGGGUUCUAGAGCCCAUUAUCCUGUGACGCUCCUCACUAGGCGACUUCGAAGAGUGUUCCACUGAGAAACUGAGUGACUCUUACCGGCUUACCACUUUCGCAUGCCUAAACCUUUAGGAUCGUGUUCGGCUUCUGCACUGGAUGCGUUCUCGGAGAUACCGCAGUGCAAUUGAGGUUCAUCUACGGCUGUUAACGGUGGCCGGGCACAUACCUUCGCAGGAAUGACGUCAAUUCACGCAUAUGCUAGGGAUAAACCACUGCACGAUAGUCAGCGCCAGAGCCACAAUUCCUACGGUAAGCCUGGUCGGUGUCACAGAGCAGUCAAAACACCAUUGACAGCACCACCACAAAAUCAUACAAGCAGUGGUCACUGACCCUUUUUGGGGCCGCGCGAGAUUUCAUUAUCGCGCAUCUGCACACUUCGGAACUGAUGAAUGUCCAUGCAAUGUCGGUUAUCUCAUUUUUCUUCCGUUCUGAAUAUUCUUGGUCAUGAGUCUAGCAGGUGAUACGAAAUCUGAUAUUGAAUACACCAUGCUCUCAGAAAAGAACCCUCGGCCGAGCAGUCCCUCGUUCAACGUUAAAUUGCGACCUUUUGUCACCAGGCGGAUCCUUCUUACGUGUAUAGCAUUGAUAUUGUUGUCGUUAUUAUUACACCAUGCCUACUAUGUGCGCGAGAAUAUGCUUGGAGAUGUGUUAGCAGCAACAUCAUCCUCCGCUGGUGUCUAUCAACCUGCGCUCAAUGAAUUCGGACAACCCUUAGAAGAGUCCGAGCAGUCCGACCUUGACGAACCGGUGCUCGAGUUCGAAACGCAAUUCGACUAUGAAGAGAGGGGAGCUUUUACACCUUACCGCAUACAUGGCUUCGACAACACCGGAGCCCCUGGUGGAGAAUAUAUCGGCAAGAACUUGUCUUGCUCGUCACUUUCGCAUUCGGCGUCGGUUGGCGUUCAAGAGUCUUUUUUCCUCCACGACAAUCUCAUGGAAAUCGCAGCCGAUUUGGACAAACACCCAAUGAUUGACUACAGGCCGACAGUCGGAAGGAUAGAUCAGGAUAGAUACGCACUUUCCAAAAUUGUCAACGACUCUUGGGAUCGGCUUGCUACUGCUUGCGUCUUCAUGUCGGACUAUGGCGUGUACCUGUGCGUCUCCAGAGUCAUUUAUCACCCUGGAGGAUCGAAGGAUGUGUGCCGAAUCAGUUUCUUGAGGGGGCAGAUUUUCAGCGAGAGCUGGAUUCAUCUUGACCGAUAUCGACUGAAGUGGAAGGACCAAGAGAUCGUGUUCCCGAAGAUUUUCGACACCGAAACCGAAUACGAUAUAGGCGGAUCGCUCUACGGCCCGGAAGAUGCCCGCAUCAUCAUCGAGGAAGGAGUCGAGGGGGCCGAGCCUGUCGUCGUUUUCAACAUGAUCUCUACUCAAUCGGACUGGAGACGGGCAAUCUGGGUCUUCCGACCGUUCUCCCAACGCUCUCACAUCCUUACCGUCAGAGACACAGAGCGGGCACAAACGGAGAAGAACUGGGCACCUUUCUUCGUCCGCGAAGCUGACGAGGACCAGAGCUCCACUUCGAAACGACAGCCGAGCAAUUACAUACAUUUCGUUUGGCGCUUCGAGCCAUUGACCGUUUUGAAAUGCCAUCUGAUCUCCGGAAUGUGCGAUAUCGUCUUCCAGCAAACGGUCUUGGACGAACUGCGAAGUCAUCACGACGAUCAUGACGCCAGCCUUCGAGGGGGCACGCAAUUGGUCCCAGUCCCAAUGUCGCACAAGAACCCAGGGUCAUUCGGCUCACCGGGCGUCCAAGCAUUCGCGGCGUUUCCGAGGACGCACAGCGAAAACGCUGGCGGUUGUGGGAUGGCAGUUUACCGGCCGGAACUGGCAGUUUUGGUGACCAAUACGACGCAUUUCUACCUCACUUACGGGUCCAAGGUCAUCGAUUUCGGCGCAGGCAUGGUUAUGGACGAAGAGACGAUUGUGGAUGUCUGCACGAGGGGCCGGAUCAUGAUCACGAACAGCAUUGCGCGGUGGGAUAUGAACGCGCACGACGCGAGAGGGGUUCAAACGGACGUCAUAACGCUGACGCUGUCGGUCGACGACUCGACUGUGCAAGUUCUCCGGUUGAGCGGCAUUUGGGACCUGCUGAAGAGUCUACCGUCGUUGACGGGCUACUUUGAGCAGACGUCUGUGAAUGGCGCCCCGGAGUUUCCGGCCAUUGAGCAUGCCGAGGAUGCGUGGCAGGACGAACGGAUCCGGGCCGUUGACUCGUUCGAGCGAGCGAACGCCGCAGCCUGGGAUGUCAGGGCUUGUCUGGAGGAGUCGGUGUUGGAGUAUGUCCGGCACAGCUCGGAUCUGCAUAAUAAAAAUAAUGAGCGAAAGGACAGGGAAAAGCAGGAUCUGAAGGUCAAGAUUAUUCAGGAAGAGGAGCAGAGGAGGAAGGCGGAAGAAGACGAAAAAGUAAAACUCGCCGACGAGGAGAAGAGAAUAAAAGAGGAAGAAGAGCAGAAGAAGAAACUGGAGGACGAGGACCAGAAGAGGAAGGAGGAGGAGCAACAGCAGAAGAAGAAAGACAAGGCACAUGAGGAAAAGAAGGUGAAACAAAAAGAGAAAGAGAAACAGCUAACGAAAGAGAAGAAGCCCGUGGGAGACAAGGGUGACGAAGGGGUACCGAAGAAGGGGCCUAAGAGGCCCGAGUUCGAUGAGGGCGAGGUCAAGGACAAGGUUGACAACAAGGUCGAGAAUACCGCGGAUAGUUGGGAUGAUGGGUUCGAGAAGGUCGAGCCGAAGUAUGAUCCUGCCGCGAAGGAAUAUUGGGGAGAGGAGUUGAAUUGAGUAUGACGGGAGUGUCGGAGUGUUUACUUGGGCGGCAUUUCUCUUUUUUUCUAGCAUACGGCUUUUGGGGGGGGUUGAACAUGGCGUACGAGAUAUCCAGUACUAUCUUAGAAAGGGGAUACGAAAGAAUCAUGAAACGACAAGGGUAUAGAUAGACGGGAAACAGGUUAAUGACAAGAACAAUGAGAUAUGUACUACCUACCUACCUAGGUAUAUACACUUGAGCAACGAA